UUCCCUGUGGCUGUGGAUAAAGAGCCGAAGAGAGAAAGGAAGAGCUGAAUCUUGGAGAGAGAGAGAGAGAGAGAGAUGGCAAGCCUAUCAUUAUCUUGUUUGGCCCUCCCUUCAAAGCUGAGAAAUUCUCUUUCCCUUGGUGUCCCUUCUUCUUCUUCUUCUUCUUCUUCUUCAGUUUCUUGUUCUUCUUGUUCUUCUUCUUCUUCAACUCAGUCGAGGUCACUCAGCUUCUCCACUAGCCUCUCACACAAUGUGUUCUCCAAAGGGCAUUUAUCCAUGAGCACGACGCAAAGGCCAAGUCGCCAUUUUGUUGUGUGUGAGGCGGCUCCUACGAAAAAAGCGGAUUCCGCUGCAAAGAGGACGCGUCAAGCUGAGAAAAGGCGCAUCUACAACAAAGCCCGGAAAUCUGAAAUCAAGACCCGGAUGAAGAAGGUUUUGGAAGCUCUGGAUGUGCUCAAGAAGAAACCUGAUGCACAAGCUGAAGAAGUGCUUCAAAUUGAGAAACUAAUUGCAGAGGCAUAUUCAGUUAUAGACAAGGCGGUGAAAGUGGGAACACUGCACAGGAACACCGGAGCACGCAGGAAGUCUCGGCUUGCCCGGAGAAAGAAGACUGUGGAGAUUCACCAUGGCUGGUAUUCUCCAAUCCCAGCACCUGCUGUAAAUGCAGCGUAGAACACCCUCUGCACCCAUGUGAAAAUUUAUGUAAUCUUGUGUUGAAGUUCCUUAAUGAAGAGUUCUAUGAACCCAUCAUUCAUAAUUUUAAGGAUUCUGAGAACUCGAUGUAGAUUAGUUACAGUUCUACCUUAAUGCUUUUGUUACUAAAGCUGAUAUCUUCUUGUAAUCUAGAACAUCAUUGCUUAGUUGAGCUUAAAAAGGUAUAUUGCUUAAUCUU